CUUUAAAGGAGAGAUCAAAAUGGCUACGUCCUUUGUUGCUUCCAGCCUGCGGAUUUUUUAGUUUCCAACUCGGAUUGCGAGCGUUUUUUGUAUCCAGCCGAGGUGCUACUUUUCACCGCCGAAAUGUCAAUUCAAAAGUCAUCUGUAUUAGAGUGGCAUGAUUCAUUCACCCAUUAGCAUGUUUGCAAAUAAUACGAGCACAACAAGAUGAGAUGGCGAUGUACGUUGUGGCGAAGUACGACUAUUCGGCCCAGGGCGCGCAGGAGCUGCCAUUGCGCAAAAACGAGCGGUACCUGCUGCUAGACGACUCAAAGCACUGGUGGCGCGUCCAGAACACCAGAGGCCUAUCGGGCUAUGUGCCCUCGAACUAUGUCAAGCGUGACAAGCCCUCCCUUUUUGACAGUAUCAAGAAGAAGGUGAAAAAGUCGGGCAACACUGCAGCACGGACGCUGCCCAACUCGCCGGUGGUUGGGAGACGUUCGACCCAGCAAGUGACGCAGCCCGUCGACCCUGGCGAGGCCCUCGGCUGGGCGCUGGUGCGCUACAACUACCAGGCGCAGCAGGCUGAUGAAUUGCCCCUCACUAAGGGAAGCAGGGUGCUCGUCCUUGAGAAAAGCAACGAUGGCUGGUGGCGCGGUCAAAACGCCAACGGCCAACAGGGCUGGUUCCCUAGCAACUACACGCAGCCUGAUGAGUGCACGUCGUCACACUCGCUGGAGAGGCCGACCGGAGACACGGACACGCUGCACACUUAUGCCAUGGCAGAGAACGUGCUGGACAUCAUGGUGGCUCUUUACUCGUUCAGCUCGCAAAACGACCAAGAGCUGAGCUUCGAGAAAGGCGACCGCCUUGAGAUCCUAGACAGGCCGAGAUCUGACCCCGAGUGGUACCGAGCCCGCAGUGCUGCAGGACAGCAGGUGGGGCUGGUUCCACGCAACUACCUGCAGGAGCUGUCCGAGUACCUGGCCGAACCGUAUCGUGGCGGCCGCUCCCUCGAGCGACCUACCAAUGGCAGUCUGCGUGCCGUCAGUCAGGCCUCUUUAGCGCACGUUGACCGGCCACAUUUGGUUGGGAAACCCUGGUACUUCGGGCCUAUCUCUAGGGCACACUGUGACACUGUUCUAAAUGAAGCUGGACAGGACGGAGACUUUCUCAUUAGGGAUUCGGAAACGAAUAUGGGUGACUAUUCAGUGUCGUUGAAGGCACCUGGCCGCAACAAGCAUUUCCGAGUUCACGUCGAAGGCGCACUUUACUGCAUAGGGCAGCGCAAGUUCCACACUCUUGACCAGCUGGUCGACCACUACCAACGAGCGCCCAUCUAUACCAACAAACAGGGAGAGAAGCUGUACUUGGUGCGGCCGCUACCAAGAGCGCCCAACAACGGUGGCCCUCCGCCCAGCUAAUCCCCCGUCGAGUGCUAAAAUUUCCAAUUGACUCGGUCGUUGUUGGUUUUUUUCUACUCUCCUGUCGGUAGCAAACAGAGGAAUGAUCUACGCGUGUGUUUUGGGGAGUGACACCAAGCAGCAGCAUCACUCAAGACGAAAAAAAUUAUGAUUUGCUACCUCAAACACACAACAAAAAGUAACACUUUUCCGCUCUUGGUCCCUCGGAAGUGUGGUGCCAAAUUUUUUUAACUAUUUUUACCGGCGCUCUUUUAUUUAAUUUUUACUCUCUUUCACAAUAACAAGGAAGUGGCUGCGAUAUUUAUCAAUUGGUUAAAUUUUAUAAAAAGCAAUUCAUGUACAAAUGAUAUCACUUAUACACACAAAUCACUUUUUGAUACACAAGAUUAAAUUGUAAGUUUCCUAUAUUUAAACGAUUAACAAUAUUUUAUACUCGUGUAAUUUUUAUGAACUUCUCUCUGAUGAAAUUUUUUGCGUUGGUCCACACUUCCUUUGGGUGCGAGGGACUUGAAAGAAAGAUCGUGUAGUCAUUUUGAAGACGCAGCAGUCAGCAUUCGUUCGAUUGUCCCGUUCUAGUCCGACUUUGGCAGUUCCGCUUGGUCGAGCUGCCGUCCUUUAGGUUUGUUUGACUGCGAAAGUGAUCGUUCAUCUGCGUCAGAGGAAACAAAAAUAAUGUUGCUUGCGAUGCCAGUGGCGGCAAAAAAAUAUUUGGCACUCAGAGCAUCAUUCCAUAAUAAGAGUAUGUAAUACACUCAUCAUGUAUUUUAAUUAAUUUGUAUGCGUUUUUUUAUACACGUAAUUGAGUUUCGGUCGGCAAAGGAAGGGCUGGAGGCGAUCAAAAACUGCUCAAAGAGAAUUUAAAAAAUGAAAUCCUGAAUGGCUUAAGGACUGAACGUGUUUUCCAAGCCCAGUUUUUAUAAAACGAAAAUUUAUUAACCUUGCAUUGAAAAUACGAAUCUACCUUCUUGUAAAUAUUUUUUAGACGAGAAAUACGGCAAUUUGACUUUUGGUGCGCUUUUCGAUUUGGUUUCUAUUUAAUUGUUCUCUCUCCUGUAGCUGCUUGCCAUAUCGUACUCUCCACAUUGUUACACUGUUAGGUAGGCAAACAAUGAAAGAAAAGAAAAUGCUCUUCAGUUCAAACGAAACGAAAUCGAUCUUCCGAACAACUUUGAAAUCUACGUGUAUUUCAUCCGAAGAGUCUCCAUUAGCUUUUAAUUUUUAGUUUCAGUUCAUUUUAUCUGCCGUGAACGUUCCUUCCCUGGGACGUUAGUUGGAUGACACUUGCUGUUUUUCACAAUUGGGCUGUCGCCGCUCUGAAAUUUGCGGGUCCGAGUGUUGCAUCAACACGGCGGACUUGGCUGUGACGGCAGCAGCUCUGAUUUCUUUGCUAGGAUUUUAUUUACGAAGGCCUUUGUUCCGAUUGAUUAAAGUGUAUUUGGUAAUACGAUAAAUGUUUUAUUACUUCCAAAGUGCAUCACAAUGUCAUGUUUUUCUCUCUCUUGUUAAAUGCAGUUUUUGUGUUUGUGAUUUCGAAAGCUGAAUUAACUUUUCCUUCAUCAUCAUGUAACAAAAGAAAAAUGUUUCAUAUUAGAUCAAGUGGCGAAUUACUUGUGACGAGUAAAAGUGUUCUUGUAUGUACAUGUCGAACCCUUACACGCAUCCUCAUUUUCUCACUCGGAUAAUGUACGAUUAUAAUUAUUUAUUAUAGCUUUCAUGUAUAAAAUACUCUUCUAUAAGGA